GCUACAGGCUGUUGUUACCGCCAAUGUGACACAGACAGCUAUGGAAUGCAUUGCAAGCGACAAUGGGCGCGACACGAUAUAUAUAAGUACCUCAUAAAGCAUGGGUCCGCUUCAAAACAAGCUCUGUGUUUCCUUUCCCUUCCCGUUCGUAUUCCAUGGCGGUCGAUCUACAGGCCCCAGCUUCUAGCACAUCAUUCUUGAGCGCAACGACACCUCCCAUGCAAGAGAAGAUAUCAGAAAAGCAGGCCUUCCAUUAUCAGGGGGAUCGUGACCAUGUCAAACGCCAGCUCGGCAGACAGCACAUCCAGUUGAUUGCUAUUGCAGGGUGCAUCGGAACAGGCCUCUUCUUUGGCUUGGGUGAGAUUCUUGCGCUGUGCGGUCCCCUAGGAGCACUGUUGGUCUAUUUGCAUGUCUGUACCGUCGUCUAUUCGACGAUCAUGUCGAUAGGAGAAAUGACUGCGUUCGCUCCAAUAUCCGGUUCGAUCGUUCACUUCGUUGCGAGGUGGUUGGAUCCUGCUGCUGGAUUUGCGCUUGGAUGGAACUAUUGUUAUUAUGCUGCCAUUGCCGUACCUUUAGAGAUAACUGCGUUGACCGCCUUUGUCGGUUUUUGGGACACCAACCCGAGCCACACAGGGAUUUACGUCGGUGCCACUGUGGUUGGACUGUUCAUCAUCAACUUCUUCGGUGUCCGUUGGUUUGGAAACUCUGAAAUACUUUUUGCGACGUUGAAGAUCAUGCUCGCAAUCACCUUGAUCAUUGGCGGACUCGUCAUCAGUUUAGGUGGAGGACCCGAUCAUGAUAGAAUUGGAUUCCGGUACUGGAAGGAUCCAGGGCCUAUGGUUUCCACGCUUGAGCCUGGGGCAACAGGAUGUUUCCUCGGUUUGCUGGUGGCUGUUGUCCCAGCUGCAUACUCUGUCAGUGGCUUCGAACUCAUCGCCAUCUCCGCAGCAGAAUCGAAGCAACCACGAACAAACAUUAUCAGAGCAAUGAAGUUCGUUGUUUUCCGACUCGUCCUCUUUUAUUUAUGCUCGGUAAUUAUUGUGGGCAUGCUGGUUCCAUCAAACUACCCUGGGUUAUCUAGCCAGUCUCCUUUCGUGUUAGCUUUCGAACGUGCAGGUGUCAAAGUCCUACCGUCUAUUAUCAAUGCAAUUAUCAUAUCCAGCGCAUACUCGUCUGCGAAUACAUGUCUCUUUACGGCGUCUCGCAUUCUCUACGGUCUUGGAGUACAAAACCAAGCACCCAAAGUCUUUACGACAUGCACGAAGGGUGGUAUCCCAUGGGUCGCAGUGAUCGUCGCAGGCCUAUUCUCGUUGUUGGCAUUCAUGACUGUGUCGUCGAGUGCUUCGACCGUAUUCAACUGGUUCGUCAGCUUGUCCACCAUGUGCGGUCUCAUUGGAUGGACGGUCAUCAAUACCACCUAUCUCCGAUACUAUUAUGGCCUAAAAAUUCAGGGCAUCAUCCCCCAAGGAAUAUACAGAUCUCCGUUACAACCCUACGCUGCGAUGUGGGCCAUUUUUUGGUCGGUGUUCUACAUCCUCAUCAGUGGCAUCUCGGUCUUCUGGGAUUUCAGCGCUUCAUCGUUUGUUGCAUCAUAUAUCAACUUGCCGAUCAUUUUGUCCCUCUUUGUAGGUUACAAGCUAUGGUUCAAAACAAAGAUUCAACCACUAUCAGAACUCGACUUCAUAUCGCAUAUUCCCACUCUAGAAGAGACGGGCGACGAAGGGCUUUUGCUUGAAAAGUUGUCAUUGUUUCAGAAAAUUGGCAUUGUUUGAAAGGAACACAUACUAUCCGUAAUGACCCGCCCUUGAGAUCAUAGACUAGUACUUUGAGUUACACAUCUCUUACAUGAUUUUGCUCGUCUGUGUUGCAGAUACCCUAUCGUAAGAAUAGUGCGCUAUAUAUUUGUCUCGUAGACGCUAGUUUCUGUAGUGACCAUCUCAACGUUUUGACUA